CUGGUCAGGUCGGGUACAAGAAGGUUGGAGCAGUCGAGUGUUACUCUGUAUGUGUGUGUGAGACGGGGUGGUGGGGGAAUACCGUGGUAGCAGGUAAGCAAAAUCGGCCCUGAUCAGGGUGAAGGGUGGCAGGUCGCCUGCCAGACGAUCGGGUGCCUAGCCUCCAGCGUGUAAGAAGCGAUCAAUCGAAGGCACCCGAGGUAGCUCGCGUCGCGCUGUGUUGGCAAGCCGAGGCAGAAACCUAGCAGACACAGUAAACGAACUUUCAUAGUUCACAGCACCACAGUUCAAGUACGGGGAGUACGAGAUUUCACAGCCGCUUCUUUGUCUCCUCCCAGGUAUUUCUCAUCAAGCCAGAGCUUUAGGGUACGUUCCAAAAAACAAAAAAAAUUCAGAGACAACUUGGAAUUAAAAAAGUCAAGUUUAAGGGAAAAUUCUUGACUGAGUAGAAAAAGGACCCAAGUAACUAUAGGGUCUCCAGCCAAUGAGCCACGAUGAAGUCAAGGCAGCGAAGACACUGCCUGAUGCUGUUGGACGAGUGACGUCAUACUGCCUGAUGUGUAACCGUCGACAUCACAAGGAGAGGAGGAGACCGCGCCCAGUGAUAUAACAUGCCGAUCAGGCCCCCACCAAGCCGCUAGAAUGUAGUCUGCAAUUAAAGCGGCGCCUGGAUAUCCAAGUCAGGGUGUAUCGUGUUCACCUUGACCAUGACCCGCCCACCCUCAUUUACUUACGACUGCUACAACCCAGGAUGAAGUGUUGGCACUCGUUAAGCUGUUUGUGUGACUUUUAAGUCAAGCUGUGUCACUUCUCGCACUACUGUUUCUGUUUCUCUACGCCGAAGCCAUUUUUAAGCUUCUGCUAAUUUUCCUGUUAGGUCGAUCAUUAAUGAAAGCAAAUUUACAAUCGCCGGAAGUUUACCCAACAUUUAGCCGCAAGGUAAAAAAAUAAACAUUGAACUGUGGGAGCAAAAUCUGACAAGAAGGGUAGGGGGUGGGAAAGAAAGGUCGUUCUUGAUUGGCCGACAAAAACAGACGACGCGGGCGAACCAUGACGUCGAACGCCACUGCCGCCAUCUUGGCGGAGCACGGAAGUGACGUGGAGCGCGCAGUGUUGGUGCUGACAGCGCUGGGCACGUGCGGCAGCCUGAUGCUCCUCUUCACGCGCCUCCGGGUCAAGUACGUCAUCCCGGAGUCGUGGCGUCUGACGCUGGCCCUUCACGACACUUCCGUCCUGCUGCUGGCGCUUGGUCUGGCCUUCUUCCUGGCCUACCUGGCUUCGGCCAUCUCCGGGCUGUGCUCCGCCGCCGGCUUCUUCUUCCUCUUUGGGCUGAUGGACUCGGCCGCCAUGUUGUCCCUCGUGGCGGUGGCCUUGCUUUUCCUGCAGAAUCCUGGCAAGCCUGGGCAGCUCUCGAGCUUCCGCAAAUCAUGGAUCCUCGUCUUCGUGCUGCCCGAGAAGGUGGUGCUGUUCGUGCUCGUCCUCAUGCCGACCACGCCCAUUGACUACUUCGAGGCUGCUUCCGACGUUCCUGUCGCCUGCUUUCCUGUCCGCCAGGACGGCGAAAAAGGCGCCGCCUACGGUGCCAUCUUGUUCUUCAUCCUGUGGGUGCUCCUGGUGCUGGGCCUGGUCCUCAGCGGCCUGUGCGCCUUCCACCUGUGGAAGAGCAACAACAGCCGCAUCCACGCCAGCUCGCCCAACCUCUGGCAGAUCGAGAAGAUCGGUCAAGGCCGCGCCAUGCAGAAGAUGUUGCUGAUGGAGCAGCUGUUGUUGCUGAUGGUGUGUUUUGUCGUCACGGUGGUGGUGUACACCCAGAAGGGCCACACCGUGCCACCGCAGUGGGUCGUCGUCGUGUCGCUGACGGUGCUCCCAGUGGUCCACGUUGGAGUGGGCGGCGUGCAGGUGGUUUUGUGGACCAGCCUGUGCUGCUGUCGGAGGAAAGAGACGGCAAAGGAACCGCACCAGAAACUAAAGAAGCUGGAACUCAUCAGAGUGGAGGGACCCGGCAAGCUGCGGCUGCGCGCCAUGUGGUCGGCGGGCGGGAAGGGGUCGAGCCGGCGGGGGCUGGUGAAGGUGUACGGCCCCAACCACCUCAAGGGCUGGGCCCAGGAAAUCGUGGUGCUUGGGAUGUUGCGCAAGAGUCAGAAUGCCAGUCUGCUGCAGUGCCUGUGGACCAGCAACGUCAACCCUUACUUCGAGGCCAUGACGACGCUCAGCGGGCAGAUAAUCACCAGCGAUGCCCGACUUAUUUGCCUGGAGCUAACCAGCAGCGGCACUCUCCACGACUUCCUGCAGACGCUGGAGGUCCCAUUGCCGGAGCCGUGCACGCGCACCAUUCUGCACGACCUGGCGGAGGGGCUGGCCUGUCUGCACCAACAGAGCAUUCUUCACCGCAACCUCACUUCCGCCGCCGUCUACCUCAAGGGCUCCGUGCAGGUGAGUCCUUCUUUCAUCUUCAACCUUUCUUCUCCCUAAGCUCGCAAUAGGCUCGUUCUGCGUGCGUCUCUAGGGGAUUUUGAGGAAGCCCAGAUAUAUGGAUCGCUUCAGAAUGGAGGCAUCACCACUACUGUCAGCAAGAAACAGUUCUUUCCGGAUAUUCGGGCCUACGCCCUCGUUGCCUUGGAGAUCCUGGGGCACGUCUGCCAGCACAGACAGAAGGAAAAACAGCCACAUCGCCUGGUUGCUUCCCUUCCGGACGAAAAGGCUUCAGGCUGGGAAGGCAGUAAAAGCGGUUCGGAGUGCGGUCACGUGGAAGGAAUUGCCGCGCGCAGCGGUUCGUUCUUCCAUCAUCCAAUUCUGUGCCCCCGGAGCUCCCGACGACUUCAAAGAACGAAGCACACGAGCUGUCAUUCAGAACAUCGAGGAGAAGUUAGAGCGAGGGGCCCUGUACUACGCCAUCGCCAGGAAGCGAGAACCGGCCCGGACUGGCGGUUACGUCGUCACUCGCUCGCCCAGCGGCCGGGAAUCUUCCUGCCCGCCAGCAACAACAACGGCAACCACAACCACAGCAGGAGUAGCCUGGUUACCAGCGACUCUGGCUACGUCGGCACAACCUCCAGCACCUCCUCUCAACAACACCACGCGACCGCGGGGCCACACGACGAGAUCGAUGACUUGUCGGAAUUUUCGUCAGCGCCCAAGGCAGCUCAUCGCACUACCUCUGCCAACACCAUCAGCUCCUUCGGCGAUGACAUACUUGAAGUGCUACCAGGCAUGGCUGACGACGACGACGACCUUAGAAGAGGCGACCGCACGCGUCGUGAGAUAAUUCGCGAACGGGGUGAAGCCAGGAUAGAGCAGAUCCUCGACAGCUACCAGGAGAGAGUGCGGAGAGGAGGGCUGGAUGGAGGUGGUAAGGACUGGCCAAAACUGAAGUUUUCACGCAUCAUGAAUGGGCAGACGGCCAGCGCCGGGAACCCUCGCACACAACGAACCAUGACUACGCCCACUACCACGUCAACGUCACCACGCUAUCAGCAGCAGGCGACUGUCAGUCCUCGGCCCAAAACAGCGGUGACACCAGGGGUCAAACGUAUCGACAAAGUGCGGCCUUUGAGCGCAUCGUCCCUGACUCCUGCUUCGUGGAACGCGAGGAACUCUUUCCGGAAGAAGAAGGCACGGACCGAGCUUUCCCGUGCUCUGUCCAAGAGCAGGACCUUUGCCAAGCCGAGCAAGGACAGGGGCGAAAGGCGGGGGGAGGGAGCCAAGCAGGUUGAGAGAAAGUACGCUUCGCAUAACUCGGCUUAUGUACACGAUGAGGUCAGAGACCUCGUGACCAUAGAGGAUGCUGCAGGCGCUGCAAAUUCUGCCCAAACUCGUCACAACGGGUCGAGCUUCAGCAGCGACGACAGUUUCAGCAGCUACUGUCAGGUAAGUGGGAACAGCCGAGACGUGUCCUUGACUAGCGGCGAGCUCACGUCAGCCUCUUCUCAGGCAGGCUCUCCUGUGCACCGCGGCCACGACAGCAACGGUGGGCCGCCCGGUGAUCGCAACGAGGACAUGAACGGGAGCGUGACGGCACAUACACAGGAAGUGAUUCUGGUACCCGGCAUGAAGUUCGUGGACAGUGGCUUUGACGAGGACAGUGUGUCCGUGGCGAGCGACGAGGACGAAGAGGAGCCUCUAGCCGAUGACCUUUCUGCGGAGGCCUGCACAUGCUCCUGCGGGUCAGAGGUCACGACGGGCUCAGACGCCUGCACCUGCACGUGUUCUCGCUGCCGCGGCAGCACUCGGGGUAGCCACCCGCCCUGGAGCGAGACGCAGUCCUCGGGUUCGUGGAGCAACAGUAACUCUUUCUCCUCCUACGACGUGCAGAUGCACCGCCGCAAGCUGUCUUCAAGACGCACGUGCCACGAGGAGCACGUGCUGGGUCCAGAUGAACAAUACCCGGCAGACGCCAAGUCCCAAACCCACUCACAGACAACAGUCCCACCUGCGCACAGUCGUCACCAUCAUUAUCAACACCACCACCACCAUCACCACUUCCACCAUCACACUCACCACAACAGUAACAACGACACACACAGUCAGUCCGGCAGUGGGUGCAGUAAAGGUAGCAGUAUCAGCAGCAGUGCCGCGUUGCGACGGUACCGGGAACUUACCCGGAAGGGCGUGCCUUUGCGAGUGUCGGUGGUGGAUGAAGGGGCCAGUAAAGUUGGCGGUGGUCGUCAGGGCAAGCCUCCGUCUGCUUGUUGCGAGCAGCGCGAGGCAGGAUCCGAGAAGGGGGAGGAAGAUGGAGGUCGCGUCCUCGGACGCCAGUUUGUACCAGGACCUAGAAUCGCAGGGCUUCUUCGACAGCACCGACUCCGCUUCCAGCAAGAACAGCCCCACACACUCCCGCACCCUACGAAGGCACCCAAGGAUGCACGAAGCGACGAGCGCCAAGAGACUGGAAGUCGUGCAGGGGGUCACGUUCCUUACACCCGGUACUCCGAUCUGCCUUCGCUUCCUUUGUUGGAAGACAUCAUCCGUGAGAUACCCGACGAGACUUCUUGCAGCGGCGACGAAAGCAAAACUUUUAUAAGCCGUCCGGCCUCGGACUUGUGCCUCAAGAUCCUGCGGGGCUCCACUGAAGACGCUUUAGCUGGAGAGCCUCGGGUGCAUGAAACGGAACUCGUCAUCGACAAACUCUUUUCCAGAGCACAACCCCUCGGCGCGAAAGGCACAGACAUUUUCGUCCAUCCUAUAUUAGGAUUGGACGAGAAUGCCCUCAGGGAGCUUGCGGCGUCUGCUUCCGAGGUCCAGAUUUCCGACGAAGGGCCAGAGAAGGACUUGCACUUAGCUUUGCUUCAGGGCACGGAUCUGCGGCACGUGCGUUACGCCAAGGCCCUGGCGGAGAAGGUGGACUUGCUGACAGUGCACGAUCUGUUUCCGGCAGACCCAAGAACAUUCGAUACGUUGAGGUGGCGGCUGCAGCACACUGGUGGUUUCGGCAGCAUCGGACUGAAGCUUUUAGAUAUUGCACGUGCGUGCUGGGUGCAAGAGUCCCCACCAACGACAGCCGAUAUCGUUGAUCAGCUGACUGAUCAUGUGACAGAAACUGAACUGUAGGUCCACGGACGUGUAUAGGUGGACUGCUGUCUGUCUGCCGAGACCAACGUUUAGCCUCUUUCGAAGUUCUCUGCUGUUAGUCUCAGCGAGCCUGAAACAAUGUGACUAAACCGGAAGCUUUGUACACACCUGGACAAAAUCGUCUGUCAGCAGGCCAGUAAUGCAAGUUCGUGGUAGGUCUGUGCGUGGAUAGCGCUGUUGAGCGGCUAUGUGUGUGUCGACUGUUGAGGUGUAAAUUAUAGAGAACAUACAGUCCGCCAAUCCAAAACUUCGACAGCUGGAAUACUGUUUAACAAGGAUCCAGAAAAGGUUUGCCAACCAACAUUGCCAUGAUGCAACUUUCUCUUGUUGUAAAUUUUUGCCUAGUUUUGCUUGUCCAAACAGUGUUAGUGCUGUGUGCAUGAUGUCUGUACUCAAAAUGUUCAAAGGGUGACCUGUAGAGCAAAUAGGGAACUCACAGUAGUACGACUGACUAGACUUCACUGUCCUGCGAGACUCCUCGUUUUCGCCUUUUAUUUAUAUUUAUAAUUACCAAUGCAGCAUGAGUGAUCAGUUCAAGUUAUAUUUAUAUACUCAUAUUCUGUUAUAAAAAUAUAAUCCAUUUAACUUUACCUCGGCUAGGUCAGUUAAUUAUUCCAUUUAUGAUGAACGUACCCUUUGUGAGUGUCUGUGUGCGCGGCCUACAUUCAAUCACAUCAUUUGGUGCACAAAAAAUUCAUUGGUUGGCCUUGUAAAGCUAAAGCUGCAAUGAACAUCUAAUGUUAAUCUUUGAACAUUUUCCCUUUCCUUCCCAAGCAUUGAAAUGAAUAUCUGCUAGUUUGUACCAGCUCUCUUCUUUGCACCAGUUGUAUAACCCAGCAUUGUAAAUAAUGAGACUGUGAUACAAGUUAAAUUGCUUUUUCCAUGUGUCCAUUUUUCAUGUACCUCAGCUUUUAAAUUUCAAACCUUCCAUCACAAUUCCCCAGGCCUGACGAGA